UGAAAAUUCGUCCUAAAGUAUUGUGUAGCCGGUUUUCUGACGGUUCCCGGUUUCGUAGAGCUCGUGUCUUUUUGGCGGGCAGACUGUUUGGCGACAGCUUGAGAACGGCUUACGGAGUUGGAGUUUUCGUCAAGUUUAAAUGGGUGACAAGGACGGAGAGACCUUUGAUGAUGCGGUCGAAGAGCGCGUCAUCAAUGAGGAGUACAAGAUAUGGAAGAAAAAUACUCCAUUCUUGUAUGACCUUGUGAUGACUCAUGCUUUGGAGUGGCCUUCGCUGACUGCUCAAUGGUUACCAGAUGUAACAAGACCAGAGGGUAAAGAUUACUCUGUGCAUCGUCUCAUUCUGGGAACUCAUACUUCUGACGAACAGAAUCAUCUACUUAUCGCAAGUGUUCAGCUGCCUAAUGAGGAUGCUCAAUUUGAUGCCUCUCAUUAUGACAAUGAGAAGGGAGAGUUUGGUGGUUUUGGUUCUGUUAGUGGGAAGAUAGAAAUAGAAAUAAAAAUCAAUCAUGAGGGUGAAGUUAACAGAGCACGAUAUAUGCCACAGAAUCCGUGUGUCAUUGCAACAAAAACACCAUCUAGCGAUGUACUUGUAUUUGAUUACACAAAACAUCCUAGCAAACCAGAUCCCAAUGGCGAGUGUCAUCCUGAUCUUAGGUUACGAGGUCAUCAAAAAGAAGGAUAUGGUCUCUCCUGGAAUCCAAAUUUGAACGGCUACCUAUUGAGUGCAUCUGAUGACCACACAAUCUGUCUAUGGGAUAUCAAUGCUACUCCAAAAGAGAAUCGUGUAAUCGAUGCAAAGACCAUCUUCACAGGUCAUACAGCAGUGGUCGAGGAUGUUGCGUGGCAUCUACUACAUGAAUCUCUCUUUGGAUCAGUGGCUGAUGAUCAGAAAUUAAUGAUUUGGGAUACCAGAUGUAACAACACUAGCAAACCAAGUCAUACCGUUGAUGCCCACACUGCGGAGGUCAACUGUCUCAGUUUCAAUCCUUAUUCAGAAUUCAUUCUGGCCACUGGUAGCGCAGAUAAGACCGUCGCUCUUUGGGAUCUGAGAAACUUGAAGCUGAAACUGCAUUCCUUUGAAUCCCACAAGGACGAGAUCUUCCAAGUACAAUGGUCUCCACACAAUGAGACCAUCCUGGCCAGCAGUGGUACUGACAGGCGGCUCCACGUCUGGGAUCUCAGUAAGAUCGGCGAAGAACAAUCCAGUGAGGACGCUGAGGAUGGACCUCCUGAAUUACUGUUCAUUCACGGUGGUCAUACUGCUAAAAUCAGCGACUUCUCAUGGAAUCCAAACGAACCCUGGGUCAUCUGUUCCGUGUCAGAGGACAAUAUAAUGCAAGUUUGGCAAAUGGCGGAAAAUAUUUACAACGACGAGGAACCGGAUACACCUGCCAGUGAACUGGAAGCUGGAGCUUCAUAAAUGGCACAUGAGUAAUUCUAUUUUUUUUUUAAAUAAGUGAUUAGUUAAACAAUUAUCAAGGAAACAUCAUUAUAACGCUAAGGACAAAUAUUUAAUGUUAUCAUUCAGUUUUCACUUAUAAUUCCCCUUCUGAAAUUAUGGACGACAUGUUAAUUACAUGUGCUUCUGAUUAAUGAUCAAGUGAGCUCGCGUUUCGUGUUACACUGACAAAAAAAAACACAUUAUAUAAAAUGGUCUCCGAAUAUUUCAACUUUCCGAAUGAAAUUAUCAUUCAAACUUUAAAUGGUCCAAUCUCUUGCGCGGGAAACAUUGUUCCAUACUCGAGAUUUAUCAAUAUAGUUUUCAGGUCCGUUUUCACUUCGUUUGGCGCAUGAGCUGAAAUAUGGCUACGAUAUUCCGAGUAUUAUUUUCUACUUAGUUUUAAAUCUGUGUAUAAGAUCUGACUGCAACAUGUUAUUUCAGUAAACAAUGAGCGAUUCCGACAUGGGAUACUAUUACCGAUUAUUCAAUAUUUGUAAUUGUAAAUAUGUUUUACAAUGCCAAAAUCCGAUAACGAUCUGCUAAAUAAAAAAUUUACAAAACAAUCAGAAUGUCAGUGUUGGCAUUAAUUAUGUCAGCAAGCGUGCGGAAAGAAAUUUAUGAUCUCAUUGAAUAUCUUUUUGCAUUCUAAUGUAUAUUUAAUAUACACAUUCUUUUUUAUCACUGAUACGCACCAAGAUUCUUACUUAUGAAUUAUUUACAAAUGAGUAUCCUUGCAUGCGAUGAGCUCUAUUGUAAAUUGUGAUUAUGUUGCGAUGAGCAUCUAUAGCUUUACGUAUGUAUGAGAAUUAAUGUAGAAAUUCUUGCUCGGCACAAUGAAAGGUAAAACAAUGCAUAACUAAAUUUCGUUGUAGCUGCAUAAAAAGAAGUGAAGCACAAGA